UCUCUCCCCUCUCCGUUUAUUAUGCUCGGGUUGUUUUCCAGACUUGCUGCGCCGCGCACCGCGCGAGUUUUUAACAGGAGAGAGGGAGCCUCGUUUCUUCUCUUCUUGUUUAAAAGGAGUACUUUGCCCUUCCAACCAAAGCGGCCAGGGUUUUACGGCCUCCUCUUCCUUCUUUCUCAAGAGAUAAAGCACAAAAGCGCAGCAGGAUUCGGAGAGCGCAAACAAAAGGGACUUUUCCAAGCUGGAAGGAACAUUGCCCGGGUCCUCUUGCAGCUCCUUCCUCGUCAAUCUGGUUUCUUUUUCUCCUAAAUAGGACACGGAGGGUUGAGAAAACUACAUGUCCCAGCAUCCCUCGGGUGGGGGAACCUGGUGCCAUUAGGGAUGAAUGGUGUUGACGUUGGUAGGAAAGUCCUGGGCGUGUGAGUGCGCUGCGCUGCUGGGCUUCCAGUAGGAAUUGCUAGGAAGUUUGGGGAGGCUCUGGGGGUCGUAAUCUCUCUGCGCAAAAAAACCAAAACCCCUUCUUGCAAGCAACACACACACACACACACACACAAAGGGAAGGCCUGCCUGAAGUCACUUUCUACAGGGAAAGAGUCUGUUUUCAUCUUUACUUCCUGGUCAGAGAGUGGAGGAGGAGGAGGAGGAGCGCAAAAGAGAGAAGAAUUAGCCAACGCUUGGAAAGCGCGUGAAAGGCUUCCCUGGAAAAGAGAAGCUGAUAACACACUGGAAGAUGACUCUUCAGCCCCCAAAUACGGACGAUAUCUCACCCAAUACUCUACAAAAUGAAACGGAAGAAACCAUAGAGGAUUCCUUGUUGGAAAAGCCCUUGGAGUCUGACAGAGUUCUGCUGAAAAUGGAGCCCAGUGGCCCUUUGGGAUGCAACGCAAGGCUUUCCCCAGGUUCAUUUAGCAUAUCUGGCAGUUCUGAAGAUAAAGAUGUGGUAAACCCAUUAGGUGAAAGGACUGGGUGUGUAGCCCAAGUUACCCGGCAAUAUUCUCUCACAGAAGAGGAAAACAAUUUGCUCAACACUACUCCAGAGCAAAAAAUGAGCUCAGAGGACCAGCAGAGCCUGCACUCCUUGGAACAACCUGAGGGAAGAACAGAGGACUUAGAUUCUGACGGAAAUCUCCUGAAAAUAGAGACAGGUGGUCCUCCAGGAUGUGAUAUAUUGCCUUCCUCAGGCACAGAUAGUUUAUCAGACAGUUUUGCACCCGAAGAUGUGGUAGGUUCCUCAGAUGAAAGGGCUGAAUGUUCAACCCAAGUUGGCCUACAAGAUUCUCCAAUGGAAGAGAAGAACAGUUCCCCCGAAACCAUCCUUCAGGAAAAAGUGAGUUCACAGAGCCAGCAAAGGGAGCACUCCUUGGAGGACCCUCGUGAUGCAAAAGAGAAUCUGUUGGACGAGGAAAGUGAAACCUUUGUUCAAAAGCCUGAAGGCCCUGGAUUGGAAAGAUCUUUGACUGAAGGGCACAUGGGACGCAAAGCAGAGGCUGAUCCCUGCGCAGAAGAGGCAAGCCAGCAGAGCGCCAGAGAACGACCGAUGGAGCAGCCAGGUUUUGCGUCCCAUGGGCUUGUUCUGGGAGCUGUGGUGGCUUUCGCUGCUGUUUGCAUAGGUGUCUCUGGCUACUUAACUUCUCACCCCCUGAAUGUGCCCAAAAACCCAGUUGUGGAGGUCUUCCUGUCAAGAUUUGAUCCUCUGAAGGACAGCUUCCCGGGUCAGAGACCUUACCUGUGGGUCCGGGUCCGGAAAGUCCUACAGAAACACCUCAAUGCUUCCCGCCACACGGAGCCAGCUAUCUUACUCCUUGCCUCUGCGCAGGAAGGCAAAGCAACCUUGAAGUGCCUCAGCUCCCAGAUUGCAGAUGCCUACUCCUCAUCCCUCGGCGGCAGCACGGUCCAGGUGGAUGGAGCCUCGAAAUCCACUCUCAGCAGCGAUAGGGCCAAGCUGGCUGUCGACGAGGAGCUCACCUCUGGCUUCCACAGAGGGGGGGCGGCUGUGGUGCAUCAGUUUGAGUCUCUGCCUGCGGCUUCCACCUUGAUCUUUUACAAGUACUGCGACCACGAGAGCGCAGCUUUCAGAGACGUGGCGCUGAUUUUGACAGUCUUGCUGGAGGAUGAGAACCUGGAGCCUAAUGUUGGCCUACAGACUGUGGAGGAAAAUGUACGGGACUUCCUCUGGGCCAAGUUCACGGACUCGGACAUGCCCACAUCCUACAACCACAUGGACACGGACAAACUGAGUGGGUUGUGGAGCCGCAUAUCCCACCUGGUCCUGCCAGUCUACCCAGUACAAGCCAUAGACGAUGCUGGUUGCCCUUUGCAAGCCAGAGCCCAGAGCUGAACAAAACGGAAAGCCAAAAAGCUCUGAAGGAUUUGCACCAAUCAAGGAAACUUGUUUUCCCCCUACAUGACUGUGUGAGCCAAGCAAGGGUCUAGAAGCAUUAAUGAGGAGCUGGCUGAUUUUAUAUCAAUAAUGCAUUUUGAUGUUGGUAUUGAUUGACAAAAUGAGAAGUAUAUUAACUGUGCUACUUAUGUAGCCGUUUCAGCAUUUGUGAUGCAAUCAAAGGACAAUUUUAAAAAAUACUAAUGGACAGGUAGGUGGUAUUUAUCUCUUGCACGUUGCACAUCCAGAAUGUUUUUUGCCACUGGAGGAAAACAGAAUGAAUGCAGAGACCCAGGAAAUUGCCCUUAGCAAACUCUGCCCUUCUUAAAAGUUAGUUUUGAUAUAGCAGUGUGCCUAAGCUUUCCGUUAUAUGGAUUAAAUCCUCAUGUGCAGGGGUGGAGAAUACACCCUGUAAUGUGUACCUGAAAUUUGGAAGGCCCUGGUUAGCAGCUUCUAUUAACUCUUCACAAGCAAAGAAAAAGCAAUAAAUCCUACAUCUGUGACCAGCCAUAAAACAGGGAAGGCUGUCUUUCCCUGCAAUAUAUAUCAGCACAGGAUCAUUCUGUGUGUCUUAUUUGGUGCUGACACUGAAUCAAAAGCAUAGAAAGAAUACUAUAAAUACAUAGAAGAAGCAAACGGUGCUUCUUGGCCUCAAUAUGGUUCACGUCUGUUGUACUGAUAGGGGAGAGACCAGUCCAGGUUAAACUCAGGGUACGGGGGUUCACACAGUUGAAUGCAAUAAAUCGGGAAACUCCUGAAGAAUGAUGCAACCUUACGCUUGGGUGUGCCUUAGCCAGUUGCACAAAUUUCUUUCUUAGGUAGUGAGAUGAGUGGAAAAGCAAGUCGUGUAUGUAAGAAGCGGAGAGCAUGGGUAGCUAGGGAGGGAAAUGUUGUUGUUUUUUCAAUUUAACUGUUGAUAAUCUAGCGGUGAUCAUAUCCCCAGACAGUAUUGCAAGGCAGGUGUGCUACGCGGAAACCACAGGAGGCAGAUACAUGCAGUUGUCAUUUCCCCAUGUGAAACUGCAAAGCAUUUCCAUUGAAUAAUACAUUCUUUAGGAAAAAAGCUAGUCUGGAUGGGAAGAAUUUUUAAAAUUUUUUUUUAAAAGGACUAUGUCUUUGUAUAGGAGAAUCUCUCAGGAAGGCAAAUCUGUCUGUUCCAAAGUAACAGAGAACAAACUUCAUGCCAAAAGAAGUGUCUCCUUUUUUUUAAUCCUAAUGGAUAUUUGCUGGUGAUUUGUUAGAAUCCUGGGGCAGUAUCCAAUACGCUUGUUCCACGAGCUCAAGAAUUCCUGCUUGCACAGUGGGAUUCUCCCAUUCUUUCCCUGCGUGUGCCCUACACCCUCCCAAAAUCUGCUCUGGAGGGUGGGAGGGGGACCCCUGAACAGAUUCAGGGGGUGCAUGAGGAGAGGGAGGAGAAGUUCUGUCAAACAGCCCAAAGUCCUUGUGCUGAUGGAACUAGUUCAUUGAAUACCACCUGCUAUAGCUACAUGGCAGGUGCCAGCUGGUUCCGUAGCUUGAGUUAUAUCAGCACCCACCAUUCAGUCAUAUUUCAGUCAUAUUCCAUCCCUGUAUUAACUGCUACAUUAAUUGUUUCACAUCUGCACCAUUUGCACUUGCAGCGCCAUCCUGCGUAUGUCUGCUCAGAAGCAAGUCCCAGUAUAUUCAGUGGAGCUUAUUUCCAGGAAAGGACACAUAAGAUAGAAAACUUUCUUUCCUUCUGUUACCUGGCUUUGUCUCCUGGGAAACAAAGGGCAGUAUCCAACAUUAGGCAUACCCAGAGUAACCCAUGGGAAUUUCUGAACACGACUAACUUAAGUUCAUUAAUUUCAGUGAGUGUAACUUGGUUGGAUACAACCCGGCUAUUGUCUCCUCGCUUGCAAUAGAAAGGGUAACCACAAAUCAUUAAGACUGUGCAUGCUGCUUUCUUUAAAGGUUCAUAUAGCUUGAAUCCAGCUGUUCUGUGUCUCCAAUCAGAAGGCAAGUUUUGUGUGUCUCUGUUCAGAAGGCAAGUUCAGGUUCUUGGCUGCCGAGCCAAGAACAACUCACUUAGAUUAUUUUUGAUUUGAAGUAGAACAUGGAAUUGCAGUCUGAAGGAGCCACACUUGCAAAUAGCAUUGCCAACCUAACAGGAGUUUGAACUGUAGCAAUGAGCACAUCCAUCUUAUAAAAAACCUUGCCUUCUGAUUUCUGCAAAUCAAGUUGCUGCUAAAGGCACAAAAGCAAGUACGUUUUGAUCAGUUAGCAACACUACUGGACAGCAAAUAAAGAAGUACAAUUAAUUUGUCAUUUUAAGUAACACUGAAAAUAGUCAAAUAAAUAUGAGGAUAAGAAUGAAGUGCAUUAAAAAUAUUUUUGAUCUUUGUGUGAAAUAAAAGUCAAAGUGGAAGUUA